AUGGAAACGAGGGCGGUCCAGCAGACGACGUACAGCCUGCCAUCGCCCCAUAGCUACCUGCGCAUUACCAUAUCUGUAAAUGUGAGCCGCCAACAGCAGCAGGGAAAAGGGGAGCAAAAGGGGCAGCAGAAAGGCGUGCAGGGAGGCGAGCACAUCCAGGCGUCUCUGCUGCUGCUCUCCUGCGCCCCCUGUGGACCCCACUCCGUCGCUGUGCUGCGCUGCUAUAAACGGCACGAGCAGCAGGUGUGGGCGGCAGCAACAGCCAUGAGGCAUGCCACGCUGAACCCCUCAGUGCAAGUGGUGGCGCUCGCUUCCUCCCUGCUCGCCCUCUCCAACCCCACGCUCCACCUCCCCAUGCCGUGA